AUGACUAAUCGGGUUGAGUCUGCUCAUUGGAAGUUAAAGCAAAUGUUAGGGAACAAUAUUGGUGACAUGGUCAAAUGUUGGGAGGCUAUGAAUGACAACUUAAAGUUUCAAUUGGGUAAUAUUAUAGCUUCUUUUCAAAAGAGUUUUUAUGAAGUUGAGCACGCCCACGUAAGUCCAUUUUACAAUAAUUUACGUGGUUCAGUGUCUCGAGAUGCAUUGAGACGCAUUGCUGAAGAGUUAAAACGAGUUGAUUAUGUUGGAACUAACAAGGAAAUAUGUCGUUGUACUCUUAAAACAACCUACAGAUUACCUUGUGCUUGUGAGUUGAUAGGAUAUAAAAUUGAUGGUACACCGAUACCAAUAGAUGUUGUGCAUGUUCAUUGGAGAAAACUAAGUAUGGAAGUUAAGUUGGACGAAGACGUAGAUGAUGGAUCAGAGGUGGAUAUGAGUAGUGCAAUAGAUGAGUUGUGGAAAAGGUUUAAGUCACUGGAUGUUGUUGGAAAAGGGCAUUAA